CAAUUGCCACCGAGAAACACUUGGAUGGUGACUUUUCCUUGUCUUCUCAACUUAGUAAAAACAAGUGUAUAAGUUUCACCUCCUUGUAUUAUCAUAAUGAGCAGUGACAUCACAUGGAUGUAAUAUAAGGCACCCAUUGCUUGUGAGUUUCAGGGAGGACAGACCAUCUCUAAACAAGCAACAAAGCGCUCACUGUCAGUCCUGAGACAGGAAGAGGCACACGGAAUCCUUCUGCUACAUCUAACUGACCAGUAUGGGACAGAACCUGGAUAAAUUAGAAGGUGGAGAACAGAUUGUUGUUGACGGAUUGGAGGAUGCAAACAGCCUUGUGGAUGAUGUCAUAGAGGCUGGAAGCACAUUUAAAGAUGAAGCUGGGAACACAGGGGAAAAUUGUCCAGAUGUGGACAACAGCCACAAUGAGGUGCCAAUAACAUCAUCUAGUGAGAAGCACACAAAUUUGAGAGCGAGACAAUUCUCUGCAAGCAAUCUGGAACAGGGAAAGGUGGCAGAAAAUCUGAUAGAGGAAGGAGGCAGGACCAUCCUAUUGGAUUUACCAGGAAAAUACCAAAAAGGUAGGACAGAGGAGAAGCUUGAAGCAUCCUCGAAGAUUAAGAUGGAAAACCAUGCUGAGGAGAACCAAAACAAAAGUGAAAGAUAUAGCCACAGUGCCAAACCGGAGCAUGGAAACGCCUUUGGUAACAUGGGCCAAGAUUCUGCAAGUGUGGCGUUAAGACGCUCUGGAGCUCAACUGGCAACCUUUGAUGACCUCCAGAAAGCAGGAAGUGAGUUUUUACACCAACCAGCUCAGAAUAAGACCACCGUGGCUGAGAGUGGCGGUAUUGUGCUCCGUGGAGGAACGGUGACCCACUUGAUUGAGUGGAAAGAUCCAAUCAACACUCAAUCCCAAAACACGCUGCAGAAGGAGCCUCUGAUGAGCAUAAGUUAUGCUUCUCAAUGGAGAGCUGACCAAACUUUGAAUGACAUCUCAGCAAAACAAAAAGUGUCUGGCGCUGAUAAACUAAGUUCGGUCAGAGCUCUUCUACAGAUAGACGAAAAUCAAGGCACAUCUCUAUCAAAUCCAGAUGCAUCCUCAGAGGCCAGUUCUAUUUUGGAGAAGCUCUUGAGGAAAAACCGAAAGGAGGCAUGUCCACCUCUAGAAAGAAUAGAAGAGGUGGAAGUAGAUCAAUCUGAGAUAAAGAAAAAAGCAAUCACAACUGAUGAAUUGAAUACACAUGAAUGCAGCACCAACAGAUUUCUGUCUUCUUCAAUCAAAACAACACAGGCUGACUUUGAUGUGGGACAACCUGCUGACCGUGGGGCCAAAGGACAACAAGGCAACAAGGAAAUAGAGACAAUACUAAAUAUGGGCAUUUCUAAAAAUAUACCUGCUAACAAUUUGCAAACCACUGUUUCACAUGAGAGAAUGUCAUGUGACAUGAGCGGUGAGCUUGUGAAGGAAGCUGCACCAUCCUUUGAGUAUCCACACAUAAAAAAUGGACAGUUCGCGGAAUCUAUCAAUGUAGAUUCCAGUUCAAAGACAGAACAAAGCCUCCAUAACACAUCCGGCAUAAGGCAGGAGCUUCUCAUGACAGCCGACAACGAAACACCAGAGCAACCUGAUAAAGUUGUCAGUGAAAGAAGGGAUGACAGUGUUUUAAUGAGAGAAAAGUCCCCCAACACGCUCAGGUCGAGGCCUGUUUCCGAUCUCAUUAAGGAAAACAUACAACUGCAUGAGAAGCUCCAGCAUCAGGAUUGGUCUAAGCCCACUGAGGUCAAAGCAGAUGAGCACAGCCAAUCUAUAAAGGUAGCACAGAUGAAAGCAGCGUUCGACUCACCUCAGAAAUCCCCUGACAAAGCCCUUGAGAGGAAGCCAUCUGUGAGAAAAGAUAUGAAGCGAGUUGUACGGCAGAGCAAAUUCCGUCACGUCUUUGGCCAGGCGGUGAAAAAUGAUCAGUGCUACGAUGAUAUCCGGGUGUCAAGAGUCACAUGGGAUAGUGGCUUUUGUGCAGUUAACCCCAAGUUUGUUGCCAUAAUUAUUGAAGCCAGCGGCGGUGGAGCUUUCCUUGUUCUCCCUCUUCACAAGACAGGACGUAUCGACAAAGCCUACCCCACGGUGUGCGGUCAUACUGGCCCAGUGUUAGACAUUGACUGGUGCCCCCACAAUGAUCAUGUCAUUGCCAGCGGCUCUGAGGACUGCACAGUGAUGGUGUGGCAGAUUCCUGAGAAUGGCCUCGUCACUCCCUUAUCUGAGCCUGCUGUGGUACUGGAGGGACACUCCAAGCGAGUUGGCAUAAUCACGUGGCACCCUACAGCACGCAACGUUCUUCUCAGUGCAGGUUGUGACAACGUGAUCAUGAUCUGGAACGUGGGCACAGGCCAGGCCAUGAUCACCCUAGAAGACAACAUGCAUCCUGAUGUUAUUUACAACGUUUGCUGGAACCGCAACGGAAGCCUCAUCUGCACUUCCUGCAAGGACAAGUCUAUCCGUGUUAUUGACCCACGCACAGAAACUAUUGUUGCUGAGAAGGAAAAGGCCCACGAUGGUGCUCGUCCCAUGAGGGCCAUCUUCCUGGCAGAUGGAAAAGUGCUCACCACCGGUUUCAGUCGUAUGAGUGAGAGACAACUCGCCCUCUGGGACACGAAAAACAUGGAAGAACCUAUAGCUGUCAACGAGCUGGACACCAGCAAUGGGGUGCUCUUGCCCUUCUAUGACCCAGACACCAGUGUUGUUUACCUUUGUGGAAAGGGUGACUGCAGCAUCCGCUACUUUGAAAUCACGGACGAGGCUCCGUAUAUUCACUACCUUAACACGUUUGUCACCAAGGAGUCUCAGAGGGGCAUGGGCUGCAUGCCAAAGAGGGGCCUUGAUGUCAACAAGUGUGAGAUCGCAAGGUACUAUAAACUGCUUGAAAGGAAGUGUGAGCCUAUUGUCAUGACUGUACCAAGAAAGUCUGACCUGUUUCAAGAUGACUUGUACCCUGAUACAGCCGGGCCUGACCCAGCCCUGGAGGCUGAGGAGUGGUUUGAGGGCAAGAAUGGAGACCCCAUCAAAAUGUCCCUCAAAAACGGCUAUGUUCCACUCAAGAACCGGGAGUUCAAAGUUGUCAAAAAGAAUAUUUUGGACACCAAGGUGACCAAGAACGCAGAGAACUCAAGCCCAGCUUCCACAAACCCAUCAAUUAAAUCUGAAGCCAAGCUGGAAGAGAUCUUGAAAGAAAUGAAAUCCCUCAAAGACCUGAUCAGCAGUCAGGAGAAGCGAUUGGUCAAAAUUGAAGAGCAAAUGUCCAAAAUUGCAAUUUAGGGACUCUUUGCCCGACCUGCUACAAUUCACCACUUUCUAUUGGCUGGGAGGAAAGGGGGACCAGUCACUGCCUAUCUCAAUGACAGUGUUUCGUCUAAGGCCUGCCUACCAAGGAUCCCUAGCAACAUUCCAGAUUAACCUUUCUUAGCUCACCUCAAACACUGCAUAACACAGUUGGAAUAAGAAGGGUGUGGAAACUUUAGCAGAAAAUCUUUUUUUGAUGACCAAGGACUAUUUCCCCUUUAUUCCAUGGCAGUUUUUAUUUUAACUAACUUGUGUAAAAUGUCUGUCCAGUGUUUUUUUUUUUUUUGUUUUGUUUUGUUUUUGAGAGUGUGGGGGCCAACAAAUUCCAAUAUGAGCAUUUCCAAUGUAUUUUGGAUUCUAGUGUCUGCUUGGCAUGUUCCAAAAUUAUAAUGUGGCCAAACUGGACUCUUCUCCUAAUCCCCACUCAAAUGAUGAUUCUAUCUUGCCAUUUGAGGCUGCACAAAUUCUACACUGACGACAUCCGCUAUCUACCCCCCACCCCCUUUUCCUGUCAUUCUUACUCCCUCAUGCGAUGUGCACGUUCAUUCCUUUACUUUACACUGUGUGCUUGGUGGAAAUGAAAGUGUGUUGGAUGGUUUUCAUUGUGAUGUGUUUGUGUGUGCCACAGAAAGAACCAACUUAGUGGAUCUCUCAAAUCGACUGAAGUCAGCUUUGUUUUUGGAAACGGUUCAUUCACCAAGUUCUAGUCAGAAUCCACAACUCCAGCCAGUCAUAAUGUAGUUAUUGAUUCCUUCUAUGGACUAUUUUCAACAAUCUGACAUGUUUUCAAGAUAAUCGGGACACAAGAGAAAACCAUUUGAUAAUCAAUCCCUCAAGUUAUGUCUAAACACACAAGAUCGUGCCUCAUGUUUUAGGCCCGUUUGGUUUCUUGUCACUGUGGCCAUUCCAUUCUGUCUUUGUUUCGUGAGGGUUGGUUAUUCUACUCCCCCCCCCCCC